UACGUCUUCUCGAAAACGGCAGCUACAACAACCGGCUAUGCCGGACGCAAACGGGCAUACUUAUGCCUUCGCGCCGCCAAGAAAUCGACACAAUCUGGCAAAGCUAAACUUGAGCGGCAUGAGAAAUCCAGAGCCAGAUUUGACAAAUGAAGAUAAUAUGAAUAGCUUAGAUUAUGUGAAGAAAUAUCUAUCAAACACUCUUGUCCUCCCACCAAACGAUAGAAUUCACGAGUUUGAAAGAGAUCACUUGCAAGAGCUGGAACUAUUGGGUAAUGGCAGUUUUGGAGUGGUUCGAAAGAUGCUUCACAGGCCGUCUAACGUAGAAAUGGCAGUUAAACAAAUCUCCCUUAUCAACAACGGCCCGGACGACGCGUUCAAUAAAUCGAUGCAAAGGUUCCGACUGGAAGUUGAAGCAACAAAAGCGGCCAGCAACUGUGAUGAGAUUGUUCGAUACUACGGAAUCACCUUCAAUGAGGGUGUCGCCUGGAUGUGCAUGGAGCUGAUGGACUUGUCGCUCGAUAAAUUGUACAUGAUUGCACAUGAUAUUCAGAAGGUUGAGAUUCCAGAACAGAUCCUCGGAGCAGUGGCAGUUGCGACCAUUCGAGCACUGGAGCAUCUGAAAACCACACACCACAUCAUACAUCGAGACAUCAAGCCAUCGAAUAUUCUGCUGGACAGACAUGGCUGUGUCAAGUUGUGCGAUUUCGGUAUCUGCGGCUAUCUUCAAAACUCAGUUGCUCAGUCUGUUGAUGUCGGCUGCCGUCCGUACAUGGCUCCUGAGCGUCUUGCACCCAAUGGCGAUGGAUACGACAUAAAAUCUGAAGUAUGGAGUUUGGGGAUCACUAUGGUCGAAGUGGCCAAUGGCAAAUACCCAUAUGAUGGUUUCAUGGAUGCUCCAAUACUCGAUCAAGUUCGAAUGGUUGUUUAUGGAGACCCUCCAAUUUUGGAUUCAGAUCACGAAGUUUCGAUGUCGAUGAAACGGUUUAUUGCGUUGUGCACUAUAAAAGAUCGCAACCUUCGAGCAAGCUUUGACGAUCUGAAGAAAACAAACAUCUACAGAGACUACAUCCAAGAAGAGCAUCGUGUUACUGUUGGCCAAUUUGUAUUAAAAAUGUAUCAACACCGUCUUCGUCUUCCGUUUGCUAUCUUUUAACUUUUGGAUGGAUCAUCCAUUUUGUAUUAUUAGUAUUAUUUGUUCAAUACCUUUUUCCCCAUUUCCACUGUUCACUACGGAAUCAUUCAUAUCAUUUUCCUCGUCCGUCUCAACUUUCCACUACUUGUUGCCUUUUUUCUUUCUAAACUACCGAAACAAAUUCCCAUGCACCUCAUCAUGUUCUACAAUUUUUUAAAGUAAAUUCAAUGUAUUUGUGAUAACAUCCAUGCAUAUUCUAGUCAUUCACAACCAAUCAAUUUGUGAUUAUUUUUCUCAAUAAGAUGUUU